AUGGACGCAGUAAGCUUUACAUCAAACAACAGGAACUUCCCCAAGAAGAAGUGCGGUGUGCUCGGCGCCACGGGCUCUGUAGGCCAGCGCUUCAUCUUGCUGCUACAACUUCACCCGCACUUUGUUCUGCACGCUGUUGGUGCUUCUGAGCGCUCAGCGGGCAAGAAGUACAAGGAUGCUGUCAAGUGGAAGCAGGCCCUGCCUUACUCGGACCGCAUUGGCGAUCUGGUGGUGAAGAAGUGCACAGCAGAGGAGUUUGCAGACUGCGAUUUGGUCUUCUCUGGACUCGACAGCGAUGUUGCUGGAGACGUUGAGAUGUCCUUCCUUAAGUCGAACCUCGCCGUGUUCUCCAACGCAAAGAACUACCGCCGCGACCCUCUUGUUCCCCUCGUCGUCCCCACCGUCAACCUCGCACAUCUCGACGUGAUCAAGCACCAAAGAGAACACCACAAGCUGCAGAAGGGUUUCCUCGUCUGCAACUCGAACUGCGCCGUCAUCGGCAUAGUGAUCCCCUUCGCCGCGCUAGAAAAGUUCGGUCCCAUCGACCAGGUCUCGGUCGUCACAAUGCAGGCUGUGUCAGGCGCAGGGUACCCAGGUGUGAGCAGCAUGGACAUCAUCGAUAACGUAGUGCCGUUCAUCUCAGGCGAGGAGGACAAGCUCGAGACCGAGGCAUCCAAGAUCCUGGGCAGCGUCAACGACGAUGUUACCGGCUUUGUUGACAGGCCCAUGAAGAUCUCUGCGGCAUGCAACCGCGUGCCCGUGCUUGAUGGACAUACAGCCUGCGUCUCGCUGCGCUUCCAGCGCCGCCCGCCGCCCAGCGCGGAGGAGGUCAAGCAGGCUAUGCGCGAGUAUGUGUCUGACGUGCAGAAGUUGGGUGCCCCUUCGGCGCCGGAGAAGGCUAUUGUGGUCAUGGAUCAGCCAGACAGGCCGCAGCCCAGGUUGGACAGGGAGACAGAUCGAGGUUACGCUGUCAGUGUUGGUCGCGUGCGUGAGGACGAGUCGGGCAUCUUCGACAUCAAGUUCGUUGCGCUCAGCCACAACACUGUUAUUGGCGCUGCUGGUUCGUCGAUAUUGAACGCUGAGGCGGCGGUACUGAAGGGAUACGCUUAG